AUGGCCGCAUAUGUUAUUAUGGGUAGAACUGUCCCAAACCAUUACCUUGCAUUGGGUACACUUGGUACCUUAUCUUUGUUUCUUAUUCCAAACCCUUUCAAAUCAAAGAAACCUCUAGUGCCAGAUUUAGCUAAACUAUGUGACUCUGAAAAGGAACAAAAAUUUGUCUCAGAAUAUUUAGCUGCUCGUGCUAAAUAA